AUGGACGAAACGCCAGACGCAUAUGGUUCCGUGCCAGCAGACAAGCGCGACAUGAUGCGCAUGGGCAAGGAGCAAGAACUUCGUAGAGUGUUUCGUCAAGUUUCUCUGCUGUCAUUCACUGCCAUUUUGAUGGCAACAUGGGAAUUUGUUCUCAUGGCUUGUACGCAAGGUCUCGUUGACGGCGGUCGUGGUGGCUUGUUUUGGAGCUAUAUCUGGGUUAUGAUCGGUUACGGAUUCAUCAUUGCUAGCUUGGCAGAGAUGAGUUCCAUGGCUCCUACAUGUGGAGGACAGUAUCACUGGGUGUCAGAGUUUGCACCUCCAAGUUGCCAGAAGUUCUUGUCGUACAUUACAGGAUGGGUAUCGACGCUUAGUUGGCAAGCCGGAAACGCUUCUGGUGGCUUCCUCUGCGGAACAUUGAUUCAGUCGUUGAUCGUGAUCAAGAACCCUGAUUACGCUGCCCCUGGCUGGCAAGGCACAUUGCUCGUCUUCCCUGUUAUGUUGGUCUGUGUUGUGUUCAACAUCUGGUUCAACCAUUGGCUGCCCAGUAUGCAGAACGCAGUGAUGGUAUUGCAUGUUGCUGGAUUCCUGGCCAUCAUGAUCGUCUUCUGGGUACUCAGUCCACAUGUUCCUGCGAAAGAUGUUUUCUUGGACCUCCAGAACGGUGGCGGUUGGCAGACGACGGGCCUCGCUCUCAUGAUCGGUCAAGUCUCUGCAGUUGGUUUCCUUGGAGCCUCGGACGCUGCGGCUCACAUGUCAGAGGAAGUCAAAGAUGCUGGAUUGUCGGUCCCAAGAGCUAUGUGGUGGACUUAUAUCGUCAACGGUCUUCUCGGCUUGAUCAUGCUGGUUUCAUUCCUCUUCGCUAUGCCAUCUGUCGACGAUGCCAUCAACGAUCCGACUGGCUACCCAAUGAUGUACGCCUUCCAGCAGGCAAUGCCCAUGACCGGGACCAUUGUCCUGGCUGUGCUUAUGAUGGUCUUGUUGAUGGCUGGUAACAUUUCUUAUCAAGCUUCAACUGCAAGACAGACAUACGCGUUCGCCCGCGACCGUGGCUUUCCUGGGUCUCGUUGGUUGGGCUAUGUCAGUCCGAAGCUGAUGAUACCCGUGAAUUCUGUGAUUUUCUCUGCGGUGUUCACCAUAAUCUUAUCAUUGAUCAACAUCGGGUCUUCGGCUGCUUUCAAUGCAAUCAUCUCGCUUGGUGCUGUAGCACAGAUGGGGACAUACGCCAUUUCCAUCACCUGCGUGCUGUACAGACGUUUGACAGCCCCGCACCUUCUACCCAAGGCGAGAUGGAGCUUGGGCCGUUGGGGAGUAUUGAUCAAUAUUCUUGGCCUUCUCUUUGCUUGGGAGGCCUUUUUCUGGUGCUUCUGGCCUAACGCCCAGCCCGUCACUGUCGACAAUUUCAAUUGGGCGCCAGUCAUGUUUGUUGCAGUUGUUAUAGGAGCCCUGAUCACCUACUUUGUACAAGGCCAUCGUGUGUACAGCGGUCCAGUAGCCAUCGUGCAAGGCCGUCAGGAGGAGUCAUAG